CUCUCUUUCAAACUUCGAAAGGUUUAUCAAACUUCAUCUCUAGCCUAAACUACUUUUUCUUCAAAAGCCAAAAGGAAAAAAAAAAAAAAAAAAAAAAAAAAAAAAAAAAAACGAAAGCUGGUUUCUCAGAGAAAAUGGAACACAAAGAGAACCAGAAUCUUCAUGCCUUGACACAGUUCAUGGACACCCAGUUUCUAAUGAAGUUUACCAAAUUUUUGCUCUCGGUUUCUGUGUUUUCUUUCUUCUUUUCCCACUCUUCUUUGCUUUCUUUCCUCCAUUCUUUCAACUUCUACUUCUCUACAUUCCCUUACCAACUUGUCACCCACACAGUAGACAAGAACUGCAUAUUCCUCCUUUGCAAUGGACUCGUUGUUUUCCUUGCAAAAUAUUCUGGUCUAAUCCGGUUCUUGUCUUGCUCUUAUCAUCCUGAUUAUGAAUCUUACGAGAGUAUCAUUGAUGUUUCCUCACUUGAAUCCUCAGUGCCAGAGACAAAAGAGAUGAUCUUGGAGAAGGAAAUUGCAGAAGAAAGUAUUAAUGGUUCAGAGGAAAUCAUUAAUGUUGUUGAGCAAGAAAGUGAUCAAAAUGAGUGUUUGAUCAAAGAUCAUGAACAAGAACAAGGAAGCGCAUCUAUGGUUUCGAAAAUUGAAGAAGAACUAGAACCAGGAAGAUCUUCUAUAGUUUCAAAGGAAAAAGAAGAAGAAGAAACUGUAAUAUAUGUUGAAGAAGAUGAAGAGGAGGACUGCAAAUGGUCAAAGGGAGAUUUUGAUCUUGCUGGACAACAAGCGGAAGUAGAAGAAGAAGAAGAAGAUGAAGGAAAUGGAACGCUAAGUACAGAAGAAUUAAACAAGAAAUUCGAUGAGUUUAUAAGAAGAAUGAAGGAAGAAAUCAGGAUUGAAGCGCAAAGACAAUUGAUUAUGGUUUAGAGACCAUGAUCAUGAUGAUCAAUGCUAAAUUUUCUAGAAUGAAAAAUUAUAUAUUAUGUUUGUAAGUUAGAGUUUUUUUUGUUUUUUUUUUUUUUUUUUCCUCUUUCUUUCUUUCUUUUUUUUUUUUUUUUUCCCUUAUGUGUUAAUUAGUUAGUGUAUAGAUUUAGUCUAGCUAGUGAAACCUUUUUCUUCUUCUUUUUUUUUUUUUUUUAAAUUUUAAGAUCUAGUUC